AUGCCAAUUUAUAAAUUGAUUAAAUCAUGCAUAGAAGACGAAAAUUGCAAGGAAAAGCUGGCCGUGCCUCUGGACACACUUCCUGGCUGGCUGAAUGCUGUGGCCUGUGGCCUUCUGUUUCUCCUCCAGGUGCAUGGCGAAGACUCAGCCAGCCCCAUCAGGACCACCCACACAGGACAGGUUCCGGGCAGUCUUGUCCACUUGAAUGACACCACAGUGAGUGUCCACACCUUCCUGGGAAUUCCCUUUGCCAAGCCAACUCUAGGACAGCUGAGGUUUGCACCCCCUGAGUCUCCUGAGCCAUGGAGUGGUGUGAGAGAUGGGACAGUCUACCCAGCCAGGUGUCUACAAAAUUCUGAAACAGCGAAGGCAGAGAGUCUGGAGAGGAUGAAUCUGACCCUCCUUCCCAUCUCUACAUCAGAGGACUGCCUGUAUCUCAACAUCUAUGCACCAGCUCAUGCCCACGAGGGCUCUAACCUGCCUGUGAUGGUGUGGAUCCAUGGUGGUGCUCUGGUUAUGGGCAUGGCUUCCAUUUAUGAUGGAUCCACACUGGCAGCCAUUGAAGAUGUGGUAGUGGUCACUAUCCAGUAUCGCCUGGGGGUCCUGGGCUUCUUCAGCACUGGAGACCAGCAUGCCAGAGGCAACUGGGGCUACCUGGACCAAGUGGCCACCCUGCACUGGGUCCAGCAGAACAUCGCCCACUUUGGAGGCAACCCUGACAGGGUCACUAUAUUUGGCGAGUCAGCAGGUGGCACAAGUGUGUCUUCACAUGUUGUGCCUCCCGUGUCCCAAGGACUCUUCCACGGUGCCAUCAUGGAGACUGGGAUAGCCCUGCUGCCUGACCUUAUCUCCAACACCUCUGAGGUGGUUUACACAACAGUGGCCAACUUAUCUGGUUGUGAGGCCAUGGACUCGGAGACCCUGGUACACUGCCUGAGAAGCAAGGGUGAAGAGGAGAUUCUGGCCAUUAACAAGGUCUUCAAGAUGAUCCCUGCUGUGGUAGAUGGGGAAUUCCUACCCAAGCACCCCCAAGAGCUGUUGGCUUCUGUGGACUUUCACCCUGUCCCCAGCAUCAUCGGUGUCAACAAUGAUGAAUAUGGUUGGCUUCUCCCCAUGAUCAUGGGCCCUGCUCAGACAAUAAAGGAAAUAACCAAAGAGAACCUGCAGGCUGUUCUGAAGAAUACAACAGCACAAAUGAUGCUGCCUCCUGAGUGCAGUGACCGUGACCUGCUGAUGGAAGAGUACAUGGGGGACACCGAGGACCCCCAGACCCUCCAAAUACAGUUCAAAGAGAUGAUGAGGGACUUCAUGUCCAACAUCCCUGCACUCCAAGUGGCACAUUUUCAGAGUCCCCAUUCCCCUGUCUACUUCUAUGAGUUCCGUCAUGAGGCCAGCUUCCUGAAAGAUGUCAGACCAUCCCAUGUGAAAGCUGACCAUGGCGAUGAGGUUCCAUUUGUCUUUGGGUCCUACUUCUGGGGCAUGAAACUUGAGCUCACUGAGGAGGAGGAGCUGCUGAGCAGGAGAAUGAUGAAGUACUGGACCAACUUUGCACGACACGGGAACCCCAACAGCGAGGGUCUACCCUACUGGCCUGUGUUUGACCAUGAGUAGCAGUACCUGCAGCUUGAUAUCCAGCCUGCGGUGGGCCGAGCCCUGAAGGCCAGAAGGCUCAAGUUCUGGACCAAGACUCUGCCCCAGAAGAUCCAGGAGCUAAAGGGGACUCGGAAAAAUCACAAAGAGCUAUAGUGUUCUGUGAGAAAUGAUG